AAAAGCUGCGAAAUCCCUCGACAGCUCCCCGUCGACUUUCUCAUCCCUCUCACUUCGACGUUCAAUUCCCGUCGUUGGCCAUCGUCAACCCCACCACCCGAGGUCGCGUAUUGUCCAUUCACGACGUUUUUCUUCUUAUCUCCUCAUUCUCCAGAUCCUCUUGGGAUAACCAGCUUCUUUCGCGUUGCGACCUGGGCGUCUUUUCUACCAUCCAACCCUCCCAAGUCGAAAAUUCGCGAUGUCCCGAUUCCUCCGUCCCGCAGCACGCCUGGCGUCCUCUGCCAGAGCUGCCUCCCUUCGCACCUCCCCCAUCUCUCAGUUCGUUAGCCGGCCUGCUGCUUUCACCAUCCAGUCACGGACAUAUGCCGACGCAAAGGGAACCAAGGACUACACUGUCCGAGAGGCCCUCAACGAGGCCCUCGCCGAGGAGCUUGAGGCCAAUGACAAGGUCUUCGUUCUGGGUGAGGAGGUCGCUCAGUACAACGGCGCAUACAAGGUCACAAAGGGUCUUCUGGACCGGUUCGGCGACAAGCGUGUCAUCGAUACACCCAUCACCGAGAGCGGUUUCUGUGGUCUCGCCGUUGGCGCUGCCCUCAGCGGACUGCACCCUGUGUGCGAGUUCAUGACCUUCAACUUCGCCAUGCAAGCCAUCGAUCAGAUCGUCAACUCCGCCGCCAAGACCCUCUACAUGUCCGGCGGCAUCCAGCCCUGCAACAUCACCUUCCGCGGCCCCAAUGGCUUCGCCUCUGGUGUCGCUGCGCAGCACUCUCAGGACUACUCAGCCUGGUACGGCAGCAUCCCUGGUCUGAAGGUCGUCUCCCCUUGGAGUGCCGAGGACGCCAAGGGUCUGCUCAAGGCUGCCAUCCGCGAUCCCAACCCCGUCGUCGUUCUCGAGAACGAGCUCAUGUACGGCCAGACUUUCCCCAUGUCGGAGGCUGCUCAGAAGGAUGACUUCGUUAUCCCCUUCGGCAAGGCCAAGAUCGAGCGCUCCGGCAAGGACUUGACCAUUGUCACGCUCUCCAGAUGCGUCGGCCAGGCUCUGGUUGCUGCUGAGAACUUGAAGAAGAACUACGGCGUCGAUGUCGAGGUUAUUAACCUGCGCUCCGUCAAGCCCUUGGACGUCGAGACCAUUGUUCAGUCUGUCAAGAAGACCCACCGCCUGCUUUCCGUUGAGUCUGGAUUCCCCGCCUACGGUGUCGGCUCAGAAAUCCUGGCUGUGACGAUGGAGUACGCCUUCGACUACCUUGAUGCGCCCGCCCAGAGGGUCACUGGUGCCGAUGUCCCUACCCCUUACGCGGCUGGCCUUGAAGAGAUGGCUUUCCCUACUGAGCAGAUCAUUGAGAACUACGUCGCCAAGAUGCUGCGCUUGUAAUUGAGUUGCGUGUUGUGGACGAGAGAAUACAGGCCUGGGCAAGCUGCCUUUUUGUGGCUUCCGAGGUGGAAGCUGAUCUAUAAUGGCCCUUGAAGCUCGAUAGACUUGGGGAAGAAGCUUGUACUUGUAUGUUGCUUAGUUGUCAUAUAUACAUCUCAUACCCUG